AUGAAUGAAUCCUUUUUCCAAGGUAAAAGGAAAUAUUAUCGUGGAAAUUUACGUCUUAGAAAUCGCAAACCUAAGGAAAAGUCUGAAGAAGACGAUGUAAAUAAGUAAUCGAAAUUACGGACAAUGAACUCAAGGGCCAUAGAUUUUUGGUUUGUGUUGUAAGCAUGAUGACAUUUUAGAAACGUUUUUUUUAAAGUUGAAAACCGGGAUCGAAAUACCUUACUAUCAAUUAUAUUAAAUGAAGCUAAACGAGAUACUACGAGGAUACAUUCCGAUAAAUGGCGUACGUAUUCUACUUUGAAUGAACAUAGGUUUAUCCAUAAAACGGUUAAUCAUUCGGAAAAUUUCAUUGACCCAAUAACUGGUGCUGAAACACAAACUAUAGAAACUCUUUGGAGACACGUCAAAAAUAAAUACAACAUUAAAACACGCGGAGCGACUAACAUAAUACCAUCCCAACUUCAAGAAGAAUAG